AUGCAUGUUUCAGAAGCACCUGAAGUCACUUCUGCUCCCAGCGUUCAGUUAGAGGAGCCUCUCUUUCACGAGGAUGACUUCUUGGAAAUGAACGAUCUCAUUGAUCCUGAACCAGCAUUGCCAGAAAUAGAAAAUCCUGUGGAGAACAUGGAGUUUGAAGAUGGAUUAAGUGCAUUUGACUUGUUCCAUGAUGCAGAGAUGUUUCUUCGUGACAUGGGGCAUAUUGACCAGGAAACUGUUUCACAUCCUUAUGUGAAUACUUUGGAGAGUAAUGUUGUGAAUCAGCAUUAUCAAUCUCUACCCCUUGGAGGCAAUGCGGAUCAAAGUUGUGAACUCUGGAUGCGUCAUGAAAGUCACAUCAUGAGUCCAACAGAACAUGCUAAUGUUUCUUUCUCUUCGUCAACCUCAGGUGUGGUUUAUGAAUCUGCCAGCUUGCCUACUGAAGCUGCAGAGAAUGCAAAUCGGGCUCUUGAGCGGGUGUCUAGCUUUAGUAGGGUGAGAGAUAAUGUGAAGCAGGCAAGCAUGGCUGCUGCCGCUGUUGCUGCAGGUAAUGAAAAUGCGAUCAUGAAGAGAGCAGGUAAAGGAAAGGGAAUCUUCCUUUUCUUGCCGGUCUUGUUGCUUUAUGUGCCUUUUUAUGGGUUUCUAUGGGAACUUGAGACUACUUGGGAGUUCAUUCCUGACAUUUGA